GGAACAUUUAUGUUUAUUUUUUUUCUAAUUGCUUUGAUACUUUCAGGGGUCAGAUGCAAUACAAUGUAUAUUACAAGAUAUAGAUGAAAUGGAAGAAGUUAAAGUACAUGCUAAAGCUUUCAAAAUGAUGAACAAUCUAAGGAUUCUUAUGCUCUAUUCUUAUUCUAAUUAUUGGUAUCGAAAUGUGUUUCUUGAAUCAUCUCUAGUAAGUCUGCCAGACACUUUGAAGAUUCUUUAUUGGACUGGUUUCCAUAAAAAAUCUUUGCCAUCAAAUUUUUGCCCACAAAAUCUUGUGAGACUCGAGAUGCCAGGAUGUCAUCUUGAACAACUAUGGAAAGGAGAUCAGAGUUUACCGAAGUUGAAAAGGCUCAACCUGAGUUGUUCUCGGGAACUUACUAGAAUACAAGACCUUUCCCUGUCACCAAAUAUUGAAGAAAUAAUUCUCAAUAAUUGUGGAAAAUUGAUUAAAGUUCACUCUUCCAUAUUACUCACCAAGCUCACUUGUUUACGAUUAGAUGGAUCUCAUAAUCUCAAUAGUGCAAUUGUUCCCAGCAAUAUUCUAUCCAGAUCACCAGGAUUGAUUCUUCUUUCCUCGUGUGCCAAGCUUACAAUGUUUUCAACCAGUCAACCCAGAUUCCCUCAUGUGAAACUGGAGCGUCAUCGUGGAACUAUCUCAAGAUCCCCUCCUAAGAAACCGGAGUAUCAACCUGGAACUGUCUCAAGUUUCCCUCGUUUGAAACAGCAGUUACACGGACGUAGAGCUUUCCCAAGAUCCUCUGUUAGGGAUGGUCUGGGUGAACUUCAUACUGGCUCAAAAGAAGUGUUUAAGGAGUGUCAAGUUGAACGUUAUCCUCUCUCAAGGAUAUCCCUUCCCAGUAAAAUUUUCUCAAUUAUUUUUAUGAGAUAUGUGGAAGAAGAAAAAGAAGUGACUAAUAAUAAUAUAUACGUAUAUGAUGAAAC